AUGGACACAGGGCUGACCUCCGUAGGAGAGGAGAGCGGCUUCAGCCCCCAGCAGAGACGUGGACACAGGGCUGGCCUCUGUAGGAGAGGAGAGGGGCUGUGCCCCAGCCCCGGCAGAGACGUGGACAUGAACACAGGGCUGGCCUCCGUAGGAGAGGAAAGCGGCUGUGCCCCAGCCCCCAGCAGAGACGUGGACACAGGGUUGGCCUCCGAAGGGGAGGAGAGCGGCUGUGUCUCAGCCCCCAGCCCCGUCCUCAUCUACAAGAUUUAUAUUCUAUUGCAAAAUCUGGGACUUUUACCUAAAUGUUUGACUAUGAAACUUUUUACUACAAUGAAGUUAUACCCACACAUUAUCUAUCAGCCUCCUGGUUUUAAGGGUGGUGAUUGUGAAGGAGUAAUAUUUGAAUGGGAGCCUAUGUACUUAAAUGUGGGAGAGGUCCCAAUACCCUUUCAUACCUUCAAAGUAAAAGUGACGAAUGAAAAGGAACAAAUGGAAAAUAUUGACUCAACUAUACUGUCACCAAAAUACUUAAAAACACCACUUCAAAAAAUCCUGAUGGACAAAAAUGAUGAUACACAAGAUGAACAAGAGCAUUGUGAUGAUUUUGACAUUGAAACUAAAAUGGAAGAUCAGAAGAAAAACUCUGCAUCUUCUGAACUUGGAGAACCAAGUUCAUUUUGUGAGAAAGAGGAAAUUAGGAGGCCUAAGGAAAGUCCACAUCUUCCAAUUUCUCAUUCUCAGAUUGAGCAGUUGGUCAGUAAAACAUCUGAACUUGAUACAUCUGAAAACAAAACAGGAAGUGGAAAAAUCUUUCAGAAUAAAAUGGCAAAUGGAAAUCAACCAGUAAAAUCUUCUGAAGAAAAACGGAAGAGAAGUUUCCAUGAAUCUGGGAAAAUGAAAAUGGUCCUUCAUCACUUUGAUUUUUCUAGUCAAGAGUCAGGACCAAAAAGGAGAAAGUUUAGGCAACCAGAGGAGCACAUAUGA